AUGGGACUAUUCGGCACGGGAGGAAGGCCUCUUUCAUUGACUUCUCAGAUCAUGUCCACAUUGGGAUCAGGCAGGAAGUUUUCCCAAUGCUUGGUGCCAUUCCGUACUGAUCCCAGCAUCACCAGCAAGAUCAUUUUCGGCCCCGAAGCGGAAGUUUCGGGUAGUGAUGUAGUUUCUACUCCUUUGGUCACCAAGGAUGAUCCAACCUACUAUUUUGUUACACUGGAUGGAAUCAGUGUGGGAGACAAGCUUUUUCCUUUCAGUUCCUCCUCCCCAAUGGCGACAAAAGGUAAUGUUUUUAUCGAUGCAGGCACACCUCCAACACUUCUCCCUCGUGAUUUCUAUAAUAGAUUAGUACAGGGAGUGAAGGAGGCAAUUCCUAUGGAACCGGUUCAGGAUCCAGACUUACAGCCACAACUUUGUUAUAGAAGCGCAACUUUGAUCGAUGGGCCAAUUCUAACUGCCCAUUUUGAUGGUGCUGAUGUGCAGUUGAAGCCUCUGAACACAUUCAUUAGUCCAAAGGAAGGUGUCUACUGCUUUGCCAUGCAACCUAUAGAUGGUGAUACAGGCAUCUUGGCAACUUUGUCCAGAUGA